AUGCAUCAUGGACCCAACUUUCGCACUCAUGCGGACUACACCCAACGCCCUGCAACGCCGGCCAUAUCGUUCAAAGAGGAAUCGGCCGUGCAUGCUUUGCCGUGCGCCUUUCUCGAUGAUCCCACUCACGAGUCGGCUCUCACUCAUGAGUCGGCAACCGCCUCUCUGUCCGGGGGUAGUCCCAAUGAUUGCGACGGGUUGGAUGACCUCGGACAAGCUGGAGUCGGCUUCGACACUUCAACAAUCCUGCCAGGAGAUCUAGCCAGCGACAUUGUUCAGGGCUCCCUUGGAGACCAUACGAAUGACCAUUACAGCCAGCACCCCGCGGACGAGGACGCGAUGUAUGGGGGCUUCACCGAUGAAAGGAUCUGGGGCAGCCCUCCGCCAGAUGAAACACAAUUCGCGAGCACUGCUAUUGGCGCUGGUCUGAUGCAGUUUGAUGGAAUCCCGCUUGCGAAUUCUCAAGUCCUUCAUCAGCAUGAUUUCGAGACACCCGAGCGAGCAGCUCCACUGCCAACAUUUGAAGCCUCGUCAAAUGGCGCGAAUUCCGCGCACGAGAUCGGGAUUAGAUUCUCGACAGAACCACACGAUGGCUGUGCACAGUCGUCUAAUCUGAACGAUGCUGCUUUUACCAUCGACCAAAGACCUGAGUUCCAGAGCGCGUACUUUGGAGUGCAGCAUGUAUCCGCGGACACGUCCUUCGCCUGGUCUAUGAUCGCCUCUGUCGUUGGCUUAGCCACGAGCCUAGCGCUGCACCUGGACUGCAGUUCAUGGUCAAUACCGCCGUGGGAAAAGCGGCUUCGACGCCGCUUGUGGUGGAUGACAUUCUCUGAGGCGACGUGGAGAAGUCUCUUGUUGGGAAGGCCUGCUAUAAUCGCACCAGAUCAGUGGAAUGUGUCGGAGCUCACUUCACUGGAUUUUGAGGUUGAGGAAAUGCUUCUUGGGCUUGGCGAUGAUACGAAAGCAAACGAUUUCGCGGAAAAGCUGCGACUUGCAACACAUGAGUCCGAUGAGGGUAUGAUAUCACAGCGACUCGCAACUUUGACCAUUAUUGCCGACAAUAUAUACCGUUGUCUUUACACGAUACGGGCUACUGAGAAGCUCGCCGAUGACCUUGCUGGCUCCAUCAGGGCUAUCAAACCUCUUCGUGAAGAGCUCAAGCUGUGGUAUGCCAGUCUUCCUAUCUAUUUAAAGACACCAAAGAUAGAUCCCGAGAGGGUGGCUCCCGCCGCACCAAGCUCGGCAGCCUGCCUCAAAUUCGCGUAUCUGACUCUCGAAAUUCUACUUUACCGAGCUUUGCUUCGGCCACUGGGCAAAAUCGACCUGGAAGUUGUCUCGAAUGCAGUUUCACAGACAGAUGAUCUUUGUAGUAGCUCGGAUGCCAACAUGACUGGACCGGAACUGGGCGAGAGCCUGCGAAACGAGAUAGAGCUGAUUAUAUGUGCUGCCGAAAACUGUGCGAGGAUUAUCAGCACCUUCACCGUCGAGCUGAUGUCUUGGGAUUUUGCCGGUUUCUGGUAUGCUUGGUCUCGCAUUGGUUGGGCGAUAACCUCAAGCUUUCUUGCCUUACUCUUUGUCCAAUCACCAAGCGUGCAGCACGCAAAAACGUGCAAGAUUCUGAUCGACAAGUGGCGGCAAAUAUUGCGACACCAGUCUCAAAGCUUCGAGGACAUGAGCCUUGGGAUUCUCCGGUUGGAUGCGAUGUACUGGUCAAACAUGAAUAAGAUCUUUAGGAUUAACAGACAUGUAGCACAAGUAAUCAAAGACUCGACAUGA